CUGCGCUGGGAGGCCCCGAGGUGGGGCCGUGACUUCUGUGGGCGCUCACCACCGAGGCGGAGCGCUGAGCCCAAGAUGAGGGCGUCGGUGCUGCUGACCUGCUACUGCUGGCUGCUGGUGCCGGUGAGCAGCAUCCACCCAGAAUGUCGCUUUCAUCUGGAAAUACAGGAAGAAGAAACAAAAUGUUUAGAGCUUCUGAACAGCCAGACAGAAAAGCAAAGAGGCUGCAGUGGUGUCUGGGACAAUAUCACAUGCUGGCGUCCUGCAGACAUUGGAGAAACUGUCACAGUGCCCUGCCCCAAAGUUUUCAGCAACUUCUACAGCAGACCAGGAAACAUAAGCAAAAACUGCACUAGUGAUGGGUGGUCGGAGACAUUUCCAGAUUUCAUAGAUGCCUGUGGCUACAGCGCACCCGAGGAUGAAAGUAAGGUCACGUUUUAUAUUCUGGUGAAGGCCAUUUAUACCUUGGGUUACAGUGUUUCUCUGAUGUCUCUUACAACAGGAAGCAUAAUUAUCUGCCUCUUCAGGAAGCUGCACUGCACCAGGAACUACAUCCACCUGAAUCUGUUCCUCUCCUUCAUGCUGAGAGCCAUCUCAGUGCUGGUCAAGGACAGUGUGCUCUAUUCCAGCUCAGGUACACUGCGUUGCCAUGACCAGGCAGCCUCCUGGGUCGGCUGCAAACUCAGCCUGGUGUUCUUCCAGUACUGUAUCAUGGCUAAUUUCUACUGGCUUCUGGUGGAGGGGCUCUACCUGCACACCCUCCUGGUGGCCAUCCUUCCUCCCAGCAGGUGCUUCCUGGCCUACCUUCUGAUUGGAUGGGGCAUCCCCAGUGUGUGUAUAGGCGCAUGGACGGCAACCCGCCUCUCGUUAGAAGACACAGGCUGUUGGGACACAAAUGACCAGAGCAUCCCCUGGUGGGUCAUUCGGCUGCCCAUCCUAAUUUCUAUUGUAGUCAAUUUUGCCCUCUUCAUCAGUAUUAUAAGGAUCUUACUUCAGAAGCUAACCUCCCCAGAUGUUGGUGGCAAUGAUCAAUCACAGUACAAGAGGCUUGCCAAGUCCACGCUGCUGCUAAUCCCACUGUUCGGUGUCCACUACAUGGUGUUUGCUGCCUUCCCCAUUGGCAUCUCUUCCACAUACCAGAUUCUGUUUGAGCUGUGUGUUGGUUCCUUUCAGGGCCUGGUGGUAGCAGUGCUAUACUGCUUCCUGAACAGUGAGGUACAGUGUGAAUUGAAAAGAAGGUGGCGAAGCCUGUGCCUGACCCAACCUGGAAGCAGGGACUACCGGCUGCAUAGUUGGUCCAUGUCCCGGAAUGGCUCAGAAAGUGCCCUACAGAUACACCGUGGCUCCCGCACCCAGUCCUUCCUGCAGACAGAGACCUCGGUUAUUUAGCUGCAUUCCUCCCAUGGAACUGAUGAUGCUGCUGGGUUUGACACAUGUGUCUGAUGACUUCCUCUGCUGCCCAGUGUCUGAUGCCUUACUGGGCAUCACUGACGCCCCACUCCUUACUCUGACCCUCAUGUGUAACUCGACUGAAAUUUUUAUCGUCAAACUCCAGCCUUUCAGCCAUCCUCUUCAUAAUAUGGCUCAGCCACAUAGGCAGAUCUACUUUCAAAGAAAGCCAAGUGGCCCUGAACAUCAAAACUGGAGCCUGGUACCACUAAAGAAGACAAGGAAGAAGUUUCUGGUUCCCUACUUGUCAGGGAAACCAGGUCCAGAACCAGCUGAGCAUCACCAUCCUGUGGCACUCAAGUGCAUGCCUGUGGUUGUCUAUGAAAUUUCUCCUCAAUCUAUGACAGACCACAGAAAUCAGUUGAGAGCAGCCUUUUCAUCCUACAAGUCCUAGAAGCUUCCUGGUCCCCAUGGCCUUGAGUCCCGUCCUGUGGUAUGGACCUCUGCAUCUGGACAGUCACACCCUUGCUACUCCCUGGACCACUUGGUAGUGACUAAAAGAUAAGUCAGGGACCAUAUUUAUGGUUCAGUGACCAAGCCAGGAGCUCACAUCUGAUCACUUAGCAUUUUCUGCUCCCUACAAGGGGUGAGCAGCUCUGGAUUCCAGGCUGGCCCAUCAGGAUGAAGGUCCAGGGUGUUCUCUAGGCAACAGAAAACUGUACUCUUUUUGAAGAAAACCAUUAUCUUAAAAUUGUUUAAAAGGCGAAUUGUUUUAUCAAAAUAUAAGAUGGCAUCAAGUUCUCCUAUCCAAUAUUUGCCAACAAUAAUCCUUAUUUUUCCUGUUAUUUGCAACUGUGGACAGGCAGACCUGGGGGAGUCACAUGACAUGAUGAAGAAGCAGCUGAAGAGUGAGAAUGCCUGUCCCUGCGGUGCCCAGAGACCCUGGAAAACUGCCCUGGCCCAGUGCAGGGGCUGUAGGCUCUGGACCUGGUGUUCUGGCACAGUCUAUGUAACCCUGCCCCCUAACACACACACACGCAACACACAUACACAGUACAGACAUAUACAACACACAUACACAACAUGCACAUAUACAACACACACCAAGGACAAGAGCUGCAAAGUGUUUUUCCUGUGGUUUCUGUGGCAUGUAGACCCCAGCCAACAUGAAUGCCAAUGACCUGAACAACUGUGCCAGAGCCAGAGGUCUCAGGGUCUGGAAGCCACAAAAGUAAGGACCUCACUUCCAGUUCUCUAGAAAUAAAGCCAGUGCAUGGCGCUCUGGGACAGCAGAGAAGUGGGCAUCUAGAGACUUCCUGAGACCCAGUGGCCAGACUUCUGGCUUGAAUGUCUAUCCCACAAAACUGCCCCUGGAGCUCUGAUUCCAUCAACUCCUAGCAAGCCCCAUCCUGACUGCAACUGUAUUGGAUGGACAGCUCAGACAAUCUAGAAAACACCACUAACCUGCUACCUCCUGGGCUGCAAGGCUAGAGAGCAGGUCGUAGGGAGAAAAUGGCCGAGGUCAGGUACCCCAAAAAGGCUGUUGGCAGUGGCAGUAGGCUGGUGCUACAAGCCCUGAUGUGAGCCUUGUGUCUCUUCAUCCCGAGUUAUCACUGCUCAAUACAGCAGUUCUAAAGAAGCAAAGUUUUUUCAUAUCUGAAGGCAUCCUAUCAACAACCAGGUGUGGUCACCCUGCCAUGACCCCAAAGAGACAUGCAGGACUUGUGAACACAAGCAGUCACCACCCAUUAAGCAGUUACUGAUCACACAUGGAGCAUUCCAAUGUGCAGGGACACUGUCACCACAGCCCAGCAUGUGCUGACAGUAGACAGAGCUGGGCUAGAGCUUCUCCCUGGUGAAGAGAUGGGCUGCUCACGAACUGGUCCCCACUGGAACUGACCAGUAGGAGAGGUGUGAUAACCACAUGGUCAGCAUGUG